AUGUCGAACCUCACGAGAGCAUUCACCCGGCGCAAUAAGCGCCCGGAGGUAUCUGCGCCCAUGCCGUAUCGUGCUGAAGGCCAUGUGCGACUGAAUUCGGGAGCUAUCAAGCGUGGAAAUAUUUCUGGCCCAGUUCAGCUGUUGUCCACCACCAACAUGCUCGCCUACAAUGCCCCAGAUCUUCACUCGGCCGUUUCUACGUCUUCGUCGUCUUCGUUGCGCUCUGACUCGGACGCUGUUUCCCCGCAGAGCUACGCUUCGUCUAUGACUUCGCCCGACGUCUCUCCAUACGAGAGCUUUCCCGUUGAGGCGAAUCCUAUGGCAUCUUAUUUCCCGAAACGCUCAGCUACCGUGACCAGUCACCCGCGUUCCUCGACCUCAUCCUCUCAGUCAAAUACGGAUGCCCCGGUGAUUCCCAAGCGUGCUUUGUCUCACACAAAGCGUUCUCAUCAGGAGCUCGCUCGCAACCGUUCCGUCUCGAGGAUGUCUCCACCUCCUUUGAACGCCCCACGUAGCAACCCUGCUGUUCGGGCAUCCCAAGACUUCUUCCAGCCUGAGCCGCAUCCAUUCAGCAAAGAGCUGGAGCAAGUGAACGAGGUUGCCGAGGAAUUCGGUGGGUUGAAUCUUCUAGAUGAUGAAGAGCGCAUUUUGUAUGAUAAGGGGCUCAAGAAGUUCUCUGUCGAAGAUUAUCUUGUGGAGAUUGAAGACCUCUAUGGCAGCAUUUUUGAGGACAAGCCUGGACCUUUGCACACUACAACUUGGUUCUAA